ACUACAAGAUGGCGCCCCGUGGACGUUAGCUAGGAGGCCACCGGAGUUGUGUUGUGUUUUACCCCCCACCGCCUCCUCCCCUCCUUUAAACGAGGGGGGAUUUACCUUACGAGUUGGGUGCUGUGGCUGGGAGCAUGCUGAAGAAGUAGUCGCCGCCGCCGUCGUUACUUUUUGUCCUCACUGUCGGCUCCGACGUCCCGUGUAACAUGUGGGCGCCAGCAAAGUUGUCCGGCUAGGCAGGAAACGCCGAGGCGCCUCGCUUAGCUUGUUAGCAUACAGCUAGCCCAGCCUGCUAGCUCCCGACCCCCCUCUUCUUUCCCCUGUUCACAAUGUCGGACACUCGGCGGCGAGUGAAAGUUUAUACGCUUAACGAAGACCGCCAGUGGGACGACCGGGGCACUGGGCACGUUUCGUCGACGUUUGUGGAACGGCUCAAGGGAAUAUCGUUAUUAGUUCGGGCCGAAUCCGAUGGGUCACUACUGUUGGAGUCCAAGAUUAGCCCUAAUACUGCAUAUCAGAAACAACAGGACACGCUGAUCGUCUGGUCUGAGGCAGAUAAUUAUGACCUGGCUUUGAGUUUCCAGGAGAAAGCGGGCUGCGAUGAGAUCUGGGAAAAGAUAUGCCAGGUGCAAGGGAAGGACCCUGCCCUGGACGUCACCCAAGACACGAUCGAUGAAUCUGAGGAGGAGCGUUUCGAGGAGAUCCCCGAGACAACCCUCCUUGUUGAGCUCCCUCCUUGUGAGCUCAGCCACCUAGAGGAGAUUGCCGACCUAGUGACGUCUGUGCUUUCGUCACCCUUCCGACGGGAAAAGCUGGCGUUGGCCCUCAUGAGCGAGGCCUACCUCAAGAAACUGCUGGGCCUCUUUAGAGUGUGCGAGGACCUGGACAACCGGGAAGGUCUGCACCACCUGUACGAGAUCGUACGCGGUGUCCUCUUCCUCAACAAGGCCGCCCUCUUCGAGGUGAUGUUCUCGGAUGACUGCAUCAUGGACGUGGUGGGCUGCCUGGAGUAUGACCCAGCGCUGGUGCAGCCCAAGCGCCACCGAGAGUUCUUGACCAAGACGGCCAAAUUCAAAGAGGUGAUUCCCAUUACGGACUCUGAGCUCAGGCAGAAGAUCCACCAGACGUACCGCGUGCAGUACAUCCAAGACAUCAUCCUGCCCACGCCAUCGGUCUUCGAGGAAAACUUCCUCUCCACGCUUAAUUCCUUCAUCUUUUUCAACAAGGUGGAGAUAGUUAGUAUGUUACAGGAGGACGAGAAGUUCCUCACCGAGGUUUUUGCGCAGCUCACGGACGAAGGCAUAGACAACAGUAAAAGACGAGAGCUUGUGAACUUUGUCAAGGAGUUCUGCACUUUCUCACAAACGUUGCAGCCUCAAAACAGGGAUGCCUUUUACAAGACGCUGGCCAAUCUUGGCAUUUUACCCGCGCUGGAAAUUGUCAUGGGAAUGGACGACCUGCAGGUGAGGGCAGCAGCUACGGACAUCUUCUCCUACUUGGUGGAAUUCAGCCCCUCCAUGGUCCGAGAGUUUGUCAUGCAAGAACUGCAACAGAACGACGAUGAUGUGCUGCUCAUCAACGUGGUGAUCAAACAGAUGAUCUGCGACUCUGACCCCGAGUUGGGUGGCGCCGUCCAGCUGAUGGGGCUCCUCAGGACGCUGAUUGACCCAGAGAACAUGCUGGCUCCCAACAAUAAAACAGAAUUCCUAAGUUUCUUCUACAAGUACUGUAUGCACGUUUUAACCGCACCUCUGCUGGCUAACACGGCUCAUGACAAAAACUCAAAUGAUUCAGAAGAAGGAUCCGCCAUGAUCAACCCUGUUUGUCCAGAUAACUUCCAGACAGCCCAACUUUUGGCUCUUAUCCUGGAGUUGCUCACCUUCUGCGUGGAGCACCACACAUAUCACAUCAAGACAUACAUUAUGAACAAAGACCUGCUGCGGCGGAUGCUGGUGCUCAUGAACUCCAAACACACCUUCCUCGCUCUCUGUGCGCUGCGUUUCAUGCGGCGUAUCAUCGGCCUGAAAGACGAGUACUACAACCGCUACAUCAUCAAAGGGAACCUGUUCGAGCCGGUCAUAAAUGCGUUGUUGGACAACGGCACGCGAUACAACCUCCUCAACUCUGCCAUUAUCGAACUCUUUGAGUUCAUCAAAGUGGAGGACAUAAAGUCCCUCAUCGCACACAUUGUGGAUAACUUCUAUAAAGCGCUUGAGCCCAUUGAAUAUGUACAGACGUUCAAGGGGCUAAAGGGACGAUACGAGCAAGAGAAAGACAGACAGAGUCAGAAACUUACCAGAUACAGGCGAGAUGCUCGCUCACUGGACGAGGACGAAGAACUUUGGUUCAAUGAGGACGACGAUGACGACGAGGCAGAGGCGGUGGACAAAAGCCGCUUGGAAGAUGACUACUCCGACGGAUACGGCAAGUACAUGGAGGCCAAAAAAGCUGGCGCAGCUAACGGCGCGAACAACGGCAAAGCAGCAGUGCCUCCUCCCACCUCACCCCCCGCCACGCCCAACAACAGCUCUUCCUCUUCGAUCAAGACGGUCGCACUUCCCGCCACGCCAGUAGUCAAGACUGCUCUGGUCGGUUUGGUGGACUACCCCGACGAUGAGGAUGAAGAGGAGGAAGACGAGGAGGAGGAAGAGGAGCAAUCCCCCAGGAAGCGACCUCGUCUCAGCUCUUAACAUCCUGCAAGUCUGGCCACAAUCUUUCCUCAUCUUCACACUCUCACUAACCUUUUAACCCCGUCCUCCUCCUCCUGCCUCUUCCUCCUCCUCAUUAUCAUCGUCAUGAUCAAAGUGCCAAGGCCCUUCCCUGUCUCGGCAGCAACGGAGGCCGUCCUAAGGGUUCACUAAAUGGAGGACACCGGCGAAUGAACUGUGCCACAGGCCAGUCAGGCUAGCAGGACUAGCCCCCCUCUGAAACCCCCUCGUAGUUGUUAGGACGCUUGACUGGCCGUUCGCGGAAACUGGGGACACACGACCAGGGAUCUUAAAUGCCAUUCAAAAAGUUCUGUACAGAACCACUCCCACUCUCCUGUUUAACUCAUUCGCAUCCAUUGAACAUUUGUUCAUUCGCCCCCUCCCAGUUAAAAUGGGUUGGACGUCUAUUGCUGUCAAUGGCGGCAAAUGAGUUAAUCACAGCAUUUUUUUCAAAUGGGACAAUGACACCCAACUUGUGCUUUGUUUUGUUUUGGGUUUUUUUUUUAGUUCUUGCACCAACAGUGGUGUCCCGGUGCGGUCCUGUUCAUUUGAUUCAAUGUAAAGUUGCAAAAUGCUGCUUUCAAGGAAAAGAAACGUACAGAAGAAAAGAAAAAUCACAUUAAAACUGCAGUUGUUUCUAUUGCUGCAAAUGUU